UAAUAUUGUUAACAAAAAUUAUUGUUAUCUAUAAAAAAUUAAAAAUCUAAAAAACUUUAGUGGUUGAACGCAUAUUUACUUCAUAAUAAUAUUUAUUAAAGAUUUCAAUAAGUGUGCCCUAUUUUAUUCAUUAUGCCACAGGGAAAAUUCAAAAAUAAAUCACAAGUUACUUUUUCGAAGAAAAAGAGGAACGAACCAAACAAAAGUAGAAAAGCAUGCCCAAUGCCUUCAAAAAAACAUAAGUAUGAAGAAGGUCAGAGAAUUAAACGAAUGAUAAGUAAAAAUGUUAACAAAUUGGCUGAAGACGAUUUAAGAUCAUUGGCUAUGGAUAACAAGAAAGUGUUUCUUUCGAAGAAGAAGAAGCAAGUUGCACAAACAGUUCAAGCUUCGACAGAUCCUAAACCUAAACAAAUUAAGGUUACACAAAAAUAAGUUUGUUAUGUUAAAAUAUGUAUAAUAUAAAUUAUUUUGAAAAUACAUAAUUCAAUUUUUUUCACUA